GUCCAUGGCAUACAUAAGGAAACCUGUUUAUGAGAAGAUCUUUUGUAUUUACACACACACCCACUCACACAGCCCCUAAUAACCACACAGACACCCUUUAAAGGACAUUUUAGGGCAGCAUAGAAGUAAGCAGAACAGAAGUGACUGCAGAUUCAUGGACAAAUAACGUUGUGGGGACAUGAUUGAUAAAAACUGAAGAGAAAUAAAGUGCCGUCGCUGUCAUCAGAAUGAGGUUCACCGUUUCUCUCCUGAUUUUGUAUAACUUAUACUUGACUAUGACUAGCUGUUGCCGUAGUGACAGGAAUCCGGAUAACCGACCACGUGUCAACUGCACCGGGAUGAGUCUGAGCAAUGUUCCACCUGCAAUUGAUCCAGCUACUGAAGUCAUAGUUCUUACAGACAAUGAGUUUGCGUCCCUGUCCUGGACCUCUUACCAGAGCUUCCAUAAGUUGCAUGAGUUAGACCUCUCCCGGAACAAAGUGUCGUCACUAGAGAACAUUCCAGACCUGAUCCUCCCCUCUUUGAGCAUCCUCCGUCUCUCGGGUAACCGGCUCCAGGAACUCCCAGCAUCUGCCUUUGUUGCUGCAUCCAAGCUGAUGGAGAUCUUCCUGCGUGCAAACCAGCUGCGCACUCUGAACGAGGAAACUUUCAAGGACCUGGAGAAACUGGAGGUCCUGGACCUCUCCCAAAACCUCAUCCAGGUGCUGCCUUUGUCGCUGCUGGCCGUCAUUAACACCAAAUUCCUCAAGACCUUUGAUGUGGAGGACAAUCGUCUCAAGGUCAUGCCAGACAAGUUCUUUUCCAAGUUACCUGACAUCCCAUAUGUCUACUUGUCCAAGAACCUCUGGGUCUGCAACUGCAAUGUGGCUUAUCUGUCACGCUGGCUAGAGGAUCAGGGUCACAACGUCUACGUGCACACAGGUCCAUCCAAUAUUGUAAAUGACCCAGAGAGUGUGGUGUGUGACAGCCCGAGUUCACUAAAAGAUCGGGCCAUCAUUGAUUUGCAAGAGGAUGACUACUGCCCUCCCUCCCCCCUUGGUGACAUGGAUUCCACUGGAGCCCCUGCAACCAUCUCGCGGACAGAGUCCUUCCAAUCUACAGCCUCACCAUCCACCACCGCGGCCAUCCGUAGGAUUCUCUCUACUGCGCAUAUCCCCUCAUCAACCCAAACCGCUGCAGCCACCCAGACAACGACCAUCAUUCCUAACCAGGCCAAAACCACCACCACACCCGCAAUAAUCCAAACCACCACGUCCACCCAGACCUCUCCCACCACACACACCUUUAUCAGAACAACCACACCCACCCAGCCUCACACCACUGGUUACACAUUUUGGUUUGUAACCGCAAUAACAAGUUAUUACCGAACAUGGACUGGGUAUAAAUAUUAUGUAACAGAGUUUGCCACGUCUAAGAUGGUAGCUGAGGAGGAGAUGGAAUCAGAGCCUACCACUAUGUCUACCACUUUUCAAAUGACAACUAUACCCACACCCACACCCACCACUAUGUCUACCACUUUUCAAAUGACAACUAUACCCACACCCACACCCACCACUAUGUCUACCACUUUUCAAAUGACAACUAUACCCACAUCCACAUCCACACCCACAUCCAAACCCCUGUCCACGCCUCCAUCCACAACCGAACAUCAUCAAACCACGACUGGUUCUCCUUGGACCACAAAGCAGUCUCUCACUGUUCGCUCUGUGGUUUUGGACAGUAGGAUACAGGAGAGACCAGUGGUGUAUUACUGUUGGUGGCUAUUCAUUGGUUACCUUUGUCUGUGUGUCUUGCUGGUCUUCUGGCUGUGCAUAAUCUCCCUCUGGUCCCUUCGAGUCUACCUCAGAGUCUAUUUGCCUCUUGUGCGAAAGAAACAGGAGCAGAGGAGAAACACAGCGAGGCUGCUGGGAUAUCAUGUCAGACAGGGAAAGGACACAGAAGGGAGGGAAGAGAAUGCUGGGUGGAGAGGGAAAGUGGGUGAUCAGGCAGGGACAAUUUCACUGCCUUUGGAGGGUGCUGAGGGGGUGCAAGCUUUGUUUCGCUCUGUGCUUUUUGUCUACAAGACUGAGGAAAAGAAAGAAGGGGAGGGGGAGGGGGAGGGGGAGGAGGGGUGUGAGGCAGUAAAAUCUGAGGAUACAGCGAGGAAAGAUGGACCUACUACAAGUCAAGAAUGUAUGAUAAGUGAAGGUAUUGGAAGAAUAGACAUUGGAGGGGGAGGAAAGGGGGAGGUGCACAGGAAGACAUUAUACAAGGUGAUCAGCCGAGAGGAAGAGAUAACAGGAUGGAGUGAUGUGGAUAUGAGCCAGAAGUCUAAUGAAGGAAAUCAAAAUGAGCAAGCGGAGAGAGUGAUGCAAGGAUGGUCAGAGAGAAACAGGAGAAGCAGUGAGCUCAAAAAGAGGUACAGCUUGAUCUUAAGAGAAGAGCGAGUAGAAGGGGAGGAAUGGGGAAGGAGUAGGAGCAGGGAGCCCUCCAUUGGGAAUGAGUGGGUUGUAAGAGAGUGGAUGCUGAGAGACAGAGUGGGAGAGGCUGCAGCAGGGGAUACAAGAGAGGAGGAUUGGUGGUCAUUGAUGCCUUUGAUUGCAAGUAGCACUGACCUUGAACCAAGAGGUGGAGACAGCUCCACCACCAGCAAUGACAUCACUUUAGAGACUCGUCUCUGA